CAGGGAAGGUAUUUGUGUAUUGUAAACUUCGUCGUCCUGGGAAAAAUACGUGUAUUGUGUGGAAUAUUUUUCUAUAGGCGAUUAAUUAGCAAAUGCUUUUAUUAAGACUGAGUCAAAAGCUUUAAUAAGUUUGUUUGUGGGACUGCGCGCCGUCGUUGGACCACAGCAUCUCGAGUUGCAUUUACAUCAGGAUCAAGAUCUGUUGAAAAGGAACUACCGUGAAUCCAAGACACCAUGUCCAAGCCAAUUGGUGUUAGUGUGCCAGACUCAGAAACCCUUAGUUCCGAGUCAAAGUCCAAACGCUUCACGGUUUAUAAAGUACUCGUCAAAUUGGACGGUAGAAGCUACUUUCUUUUCAGAAGAUAUAAUGAAUUCCAUCAUCUUUAUGAUAAGCUUAAAAAGACCUUCCCUGAUCUCCAYAUAAAGUUACCAGGCAAAAGGCUGUUGGGCAAUAAUUUUGAUCCAGAGUUUAUCAAAAUGAGAAGAGAAGGGUUGAAUGAUUUCAUUGUUAAAAUCCUCACUCAUCCAGGAGCAAUUGAUCAUCCUGAUGUAAGAGAAUUUCUCUCACUUGAUAACCCUAAAAAUGCAGAAAUCAAUGAUGAGGAUCCUGGAAAGGAUGAUGCAGAGGCUUCUUCAGCUAGUAAAGAAAUAGAGAAAAUGGACCUGGGAGAAUCUCACAAUCCUAAAGCUAAACCAAGUGACUUCUUGUUCCUCAAAGUUAUUGGCAAAGGCAGCUUUGGAAAGGUUUUUCUAGCUAAAAACAAACAAGAAGAUAAAUUCUAUGCCAUUAAAGUUCUCACUAAAUCUGCAAUACGAAAAAGAAAUGAGGCAAAACACAUAAUGGCUGAAAGAAAUGUCCUUGUUCAAAAUGUAACCCAUCCUUUCUUGGUGGGACUACACUACUCUUUCCAAACUAAAGAUAAGCUGUAUUUUGUUUUAGACUAUGUCAAUGGUGGUGAGUUAUUCUUUCACUUGCAACGGGAACGAUAUUUCCCUGAAUCAAGAGCACGAUUUUAUGCGGCUGAAAUUGCCUCUGCGAUCGGACAUAUGCAUUCUCUUAAAAUCAUAUAUCGAGAUUUAAAACCGGAAAACAUCUUGUUGGAUUCCAAGGGUCAUAUAGUCCUAACGGACUUYGGACUGUGUAAAGAAGGCAUUGAAAAAAAAGGAACAACAUCAACAUUCUGCGGUACUCCAGAGUAUCUGGCACCAGAAGUACUACGUAAACAAGAUUACGAUAAAUCUGUGGAUUGGUGGUGCUUAGGUGCAGUUCUGUAUGAAAUGAUGUAUGGAUUGCCUCCUUUCUAUAGCCGUGACACAGCGGAGAUGUAUGAUAAUAUUCUGUACAAGCCAUUACGUCUAAGAACUAACAUCUCACAAAGUGCUCGCAAUAUUCUGGAGCAGUUGUUACAGAAAGAGAAGACGAAGAGAUUAGGGUUUGCAGAAAGCGACUUUGAGGAAAUCAAGACUCAUCCUUUCUUCAGGAACAUUAACUGGGAAUUCUUGGUGGAAAAGAAGAUUGAACCACCUUACAACCCAAAUGUGAGUGGUCAGCUGGAUCUCAAGCAUUUCGAUCCAGAAUUCGUCCGAGAACCAGUACCAGGUUCAGUUGGGAAAUCAGCAGAUUCCAAUUUUGUUAGUGCAAGUGUCGACGAUCCUGAUGAUGCAUUUGUUGGUUUUACUUAUGUUCCACCAUCAGAAGAAACCCUCCAUGAUUAACCUUUCGAUUAUAAUGUUCAAAUUGUAGCAUGGGUUUCUUUCUCUGCGUCCUUCCGGUCGGUUUUUAAGCCCGAUACACGUUAAUCCAAAGUUAACCCGUAGGAAUUCAGUGAGGUUAACGUUCAUCGAGCUUGAACAGCUCGUGCCUGGACUCUGUUAUUGGUUGCAGGAUGGAAUUCAAAUAUGAUUGGAAAGGCUGAUUUACAGUAGCCACACUUUAGACCCUGUUUACAUGAGAUAGGGUGCCCCUAGUGGUAGAGCCAAAAUCCUUUGUUUCAAAUCCUCCAGGGAAAAGAAAACAAAAGAGCUAGCCCUACCACGUAGAGGCACCCUAUCUCAUGUAAACAGGGACUUAGUGUGUAACAAGCGAUYAUGUUAUCACAAUUCUCGUGAAAACUGCUUUUGGUUGUGAAAACGUWGCCUGCUUAUCCAGGCGUUCCUAGCCGCUCGCAAACUCUUCCGAACGCCUGGUUACGCAGACUAGUGAAGACCCUCUAAUCGUAUCCCGCAUGUUGAAAGCAAAUUACGUGCUAACGUCGUUACUGUAGAUCAGACACCAUAUAAGUGUAAGGUUGUCCCAUCAAGCUACUUAUGGCUUUGUCUCCUUGGCAUCCGUCUUAGGAUCGUUAGUGAUCAUAAAAACGGAUGCAAAGGAGACCGCUGCGCUCAUUAUGUUUGCAUGUAACAAUUGACAACGCUACUAACAGUAACAGCUUGAUUCAUACUAAUUUUUUUGUCAAAUGGAAUGCUAGUCAUGAUACCAUAGCUCAGCAAUACAACCUUGAUUUAAUGCAAAUCGUACAAAAAAUCUUUUGAAAAUUAUUUCCAUUAAAUCAUAAAAUCGUUUGAAUGUAA